AUGCCAGUUGAUCCAGUCCAGCAAGACGACCAUGGCUCUGAUACUCUUCCAGCAGACUUCAAUGAUCACCCAAGAGCGGCGCUACAGAAGCCAAAGCAACGAGGCAGCCUCAUGAAACAAGGCACGCCACACGGUUCGAGGAAGGAUGGCUCUGUCAUCAGCAAACGCCAGCAGCUCGAGCAAUACCGAGGCCAUGACCAUAGAAAGACCAAGAGAUCAAACGAGCAACAAUACAAUGGCUUGCUCUUGAGGAAAAUCACCCAAAAUACCAUGUUGCCGUUUAUCAAUCAUCACCUUAGUAAUUCUAUCCCUUGGUAUGCUAACCAAGCCAACCUCUCUUCUCUUGAUGCUAGUAGGAUCAAUCUUAUCAUGGGACAACAAGUUGCCAAAUGGAUCAACGACCGUGAGGACUCCAUCAAUGACUCUGUCAUCGACCAUUUUGACCCUCAUGGCCGUUCCUAUGUACUUAUCGACCGGGGCAUCCAUGAAGAAUAG